AUGCAGGACAGACAGGGCACACCUCUGGGGACACUGCGGCAGCAGACACGAUGCCUACGAUGCGGGGAUGUACUGGAGUGGUCAGAGGAGCACAGUGUCCUCCUGGGCUGUUCGUGCUGCUCCACAGUGGACGAGACAAUACAGAAUGUAGCCAGGGGUCUGGCCAGCAGAAUCAAAAAGGAGAAGAGUCACUGGGCAGCUGGAAGAGUGGGCGACAUUGACUUUGUUGGCUCUACUAAGACAAGGGGAAAGUUUGUGAGGGUGCAAGGGAACACGGACCCGGUGAUGAUCUACCAGAUGCUGACAGAAGAGUGGGGUCUUUCUCCUCCGCACCUGGUGGUGGCACUGGUGGGAGGAGAUGAGCUAUCUCAGAUGAAGCCCUGGCUUAGGGAUAUUCUCAGAAAAGGACUGGUGAAGGCUGCACAGAGCACAGGGGCAUGGAUUUUAACUAAUGGCCUUCGCUUUGGCAUCACCAAACACUUGGGCCAGGCGGUGCGAGAUCACUCCUUGGCCAGCACCUCCUCUAAAGUUCGUGUAGUGGCAAUUGGCGUCGCACCCUGGAACAUGAUCCACAACCGAGAGGCACUACUCUCCGCCAAGGUGGAUGAGCCAGCUGUUUACAAGCCACAGGACUUGCCCCAUGGGUCAGUGUAUUCCCUGGAUAGCCACCACUCUCACUUUGUGCUGGUGGAGGAGGAUCCAAACAGACCAGGAGCCACCAGUGAAAUGAGGGUGAAGCUACUAAAUCACAUCUCUCUUCAACGCACUGGUUAUGGAGGUUCGGGAAGUUUUGAGAUCCCUGUCCUAUGUCUGUUGGUCCACGGGGAACCAAGGAUCCUAAAGCGGAUGUAUAAAGGCAUUGGCAAUUCGACACCAUGGCUGAUUCUGGCAGGCUCAGGAGGCGUGGCUGACAUCCUCGUCACGCUGAUGAAUAGGGGCUGCUGGGAUAUGGACAGUGUUCAUGAGCUGCUGCUGGACACCUUUCCAAAUGCCCACCACAGCACAGACAUCAGUAACUGGGUCAAGCUGAUCCAGAAGAUACUGGAUCACAGGCACCUCCUUACUGUCCAUGACCCUGAGCAGGAGAGCUCUGAGCUGGACACGGUCAUCCUCAAAGCUCUAGUGAAGGCUUGUAAGAGCCAGAGUCAGGAAGCCCAAGACUUCCUUGAUGAACUCAAGCUGGCUGUGGCCUGGAACAGAGUGGACAUUGCCAAGAGUGACAUCUUUAAUGGUGACGUGGAGUGGAAGGCAUGUGAUCUUGAAGAGGUGAUGAUGGAUGCCUUGAUCAAUGACAAGCCCGACUUUGUGCGCCUCUUUGUGGACAACGGUGUGAACCUGGGUGAGUUCCUUACCUACGGUCGUCUACAGGAGCUCUAUUGGUCUGUGUCGGAGAAGAGCCUUCUCCAUAACCUACUCCUCAAAAAGUACGAGGAGAAGCAGCUUCUGCUCGGUGCUGCCAGGACACCCGGCCCUCCUGGACACCAUCCACCUGAACAGGGGGACCGGAAACCCCGCUUCACCCUGUAUGAGGUUGCCAAAGUGCUGAAAGACUUUCUCCAUGACUCCUGCAAAGGCUUUUACCAAAAGGUUCCCACAGAGAAGCCUUCGAAGGGUCGACUGUUCCACAGCCAGAAGAACCUGGCUGAAUUAGAGGAACGCUGCGAACAUCCUUGGAGGGAUCUUUUCCUCUGGGCCGUCCUUCAGAACCGGCAGCAGAUGGCUAACUACUUUUGGGCCAUGGGCCCUGAGGCUGUUGCGGCAGCGCUGGCGGGUUGUAAGAUACUGAAAGAGAUGGCACGACUGGAAUCUGAGGCUGAGUCUGCACGUAGCAUGAAGGAGGCCAAGUAUGAGCAGUUUGCCCUUGAUGUCUUCGGGGAGUGUUACUCCAACAGUGAAGACAGAGCUUAUGCUUUGUUAGUGAGGAGAACACACUGCUGGAGCAAAUCAACAGUUCUUAACCUGGCAACUGAGGCAGAUGCCAAAUCCUUCUUUGCCCACGAUGGAGUUCAGGCUCUCCUCACAAAAAUUUGGUGGGGGGCGAUGAGAACAGACACAGCCAUCUCCAAGCUUGUGGUGUCUUUCUUCUGUCCGCCUCUCAUCUGGACCAACCUCAUAAAGUUCAGCGACGAGGAGCUGGAUAAUCGUAACGGUCGAGAGCAGUUUGUGGAGCUCGACAGUAUGGAUACAGAAAAUGCUCUACUCCUAAGAGAUGAUGAUGAUCCUUUGGACUCUCCAGCUGGAGGCCCAGCAGCUCAGAGCUGUGCCUCAGUGUGGUGGCGUUUCUUGCUUCGCCGCUGGCGUCGCUUCUGGAGCGCUGCUGUCACCGUGUUCCUUGGUAAUGUCAUCAUGUACUUUGCCUUCCUCUGCCUCUUCACCUACGUGCUCCUGCUGGACUUCCGCCCACCACCACCCCUUGGCCCUGGAGCUCCAGAGAUAAUGCUCUACUUCUGGGUCUUCACCUUGGUGCUGGAGGAAAUUCGACAGAGCUUCUUCACGGAUGAAGAGAUGAACAUCUUGAAGAAGUUCAAACUUUAUGUGGAAGACAACUGGAACAAGUGCGACAUGGUUGCCAUCUCACUCUUUGUUGUUGGAGUAUCGUGCAGGAUGGUUGAAAACACCUAUGAGGCAGGAAGGACAGUUCUAGCAAUUGACUUCAUGGUAUUCACUCUACGUUUGAUCCACAUCUUUGCCAUUCAUAAGCAGCUGGGCCCCAAGAUCAUCAUCGUGGAGAGAAUGAUGAAGGAUGUCUUCUUCUUCCUCUUCUUCCUGAGUGUGUGGCUCAUUGCGUACGGCGUAGCUACCCAGGCUCUUCUUCACCCUAACGACCCAAGGAUUGACUGGGUGUUUCGCAGAGCCUUGUAUCGCCCUUACCUGCACAUUUUUGGCCAGAUCCCACUGGAGGAAAUAGAUGCUGCUCGUAUGCCUGAAAUUAACUGCACCAAUGACAAAGAUGAGAUUAUCAUGGGCCUACGACCGCCAUGUCCCAACGUCUAUGCCAACUGGCUGGUCAUCCUGCUUCUUGUAAUCUUCCUUCUUGUCACCAAUGUCCUGCUGCUCAACCUGCUAAUUGCCAUGUUCAGCUACACCUUCCAGGUAGUGCAGGGCAACACGGACAUUUUCUGGAAGUUCCAGAGAUACAACUUGAUCGUAGAGUACCACAGUCGCCCAGCACUGGCUCCACCCUUCAUUAUCAUCAGCCACCUCUCUCAGCUCCUCCUCAGCCUUAUCAAACGGCCUGAGCCCAAACAGGAGCAUCUUGAGAGAGAGCUGCCAGCAGGACUAGACCAGAGGCUGAUAACAUGGGAGACAGUACAGAAAGAGAACUACCUGGCCAAACUGGAGCGUCAGCACUGGGAGAGCAGUGAGGAGAGACUCAAGAGUACCUCCUCAAAGGUCCAGAGCUUGCUGAGGAUUGUUGGUGGGUUCAGGGACCAAGAGAAACGACUGGCAGUCAUGGAAGCUCAGAUCAGAUACUGUGGAGAGGUAUUGUCCUGGAUGGCGGAGUGCUUUGCUCAGAGCACACUGAAGUGUGGGAAAGAGGCUCCGAGAGCACCAAUGUCUUUGACAGGCUACAACCCAAGCAGCCCCAGCAGUGACACACCUCAAAGUCAACCAGAGAAAGAAGCCAAACAAGGAGGAGCAGAAGCCAGACCAGGUCACCCGGGAUACGGCGCUAACAAAAAAUUCCCUUACAUUGAUGAAUAAAAGCA